CCCAUCUUUAUCUCCAGUUUCAGAGAUACAAACUCCCGGACCGCCUGCCUCUCCUCAGAUAAACCUAGGUCGUUAAGUUCAGGCUCCGCCUCCCCACAGGGCCGCCCCAAGGUCAGCCGCUUCUUUCUCCGCUCAGCUCCUUGGGGGCGUUGUCCGCGUGCCCCUCCGCAGCUGGGCCGGCGCUCUAGGCUGCAGCGGGCGGUUCACACAGCCUCAUCAUCUCGCUGGUUUCCGGUGCUCGGCGGCUACUCUAGCCCUCAGCCGGGCCCUGGGACUCUAUCCCCUAAGGCGGCUUCUCUAUGGUCUACAUCGCCCCUUUGUCCCGAAUUUCCUCCGGGAGGACGCUCUGGUGGGAUCCAAGCCCUUCCCCCGCCGCGUCUGUGGCCGCUUUUAGGUGCAACUGGAGAAGGCACUGAAGCCCUACAAGAUUCACACCGUCUUCGGUCUCCCGGGGUCGGCGCCGAGUGGGAGAAUGGCGGAACUGCUGCCGCCCACCCCUCAUCUUCUGGCUGCCUCCCUCUUUGUGCCCCGCAGGCUCCCCCUCUCCACCUCCUGGGGCCCAUCAUGAAUGGUGCCCCUUCCCCAGAGGACGGGGCCUCCCCCUCGUCUCCCCCGCUGCCCCCACCCCCGCCCCCUAGUUGGCGGGAGUUCUGUGAGUCCCACGCCCGGGCUGCGGCUCUGGACUUUGCCCGCCGUUUUCGCCUCUACCUGGCCUCCCACCCCCAAUAUGCGGGGCCUGGGGCUGAGGCUGCCUUCUCCCGCCGUUUUGCUGAGCUCUUCCUGCAGCACUUUGAAGCUGAGGUGGCCCGGGCCUCUGGCUCCCUGUCGCCACCCAUCCUGGCUCCCCUGAGCCCUGGUGCGGAGAUCUCGCCACAUGACCUGUCCCUUGAGAGCUGCAGGGUGGGUGGGCCCCUGGCUGUGCUGGGCCCUUCUCGAUCAUCUGAGGACCUGGCCGGCCCCCUCCCUUCCUCAGUCUCUUCCUCCUCUACAACCUCCUCCAAGCCGAAGCUCAAGAAGCGCUUCUCCCUGCGCUCAGUGGGUCGCUCCGUCCGAGGCUCAGUCCGUGGCAUCCUGCAGUGGCGGGGGACCGUUGACCCUCCCUCUUCGGCUGGGCCCCUGGAGACCUCAUCGGGUCCCCCAGUCUUAGGUGGAAACAGCAACUCCAACUCCUCUGGCGGGGCUGGGACUAUUGGUAGGGGACUGGGCAGUGAUGGACCGUCCCCUGGGGAAAGAUGGACUCACCGUUUUGAGAGGCUGAGACUCAGUCGGGGAGGGGGCGCCUUGAAGGAUGGAGCAGGGAUGGUGCAGAGGGAAGAGCUGCUGAGUUUCAUGGGGGCUGAGGAGGCAGCCCCUGACCCAGCCGGAGUGGGCCGGGGAGGAGGGGCGGCUGGGCCUCCUUCAGGGGGAGGAGGGCAGCCUCAGUGGCAGAAGUGUCGCCUGCUGCUUCGAAGUGAAGGAGAAGGAGGAGGAGGAAGUCGCCUGGAGUUCUUUGUACCACCCAAGGCCUCUCGGCCCCGACUCAGCAUCCCCUGCUCUUCUAUCACAGACGUCCGGACAACCACAGCCCUGGAGAUGCCUGACCGGGAGAAUACGUUUGUGGUUAAGGUAGAAGGUCCCUCUGAGUAUAUCCUGGAGACAGUGGACGCCCAGCAUGUGAAGGCCUGGGUGUCUGACAUCCAAGAAUGCCUGAGCCCAGGACCCUGCCCUACUACCAGUCCCCGCCCCAUGACCCUCCCUCUGGCCCCUGGGACCUCAUUCCUUACAAGGGAGAACACAGACAGCCUGGAGCUGUCCUGCCUGAAUCACUCGGAGAGUCUACCCAGCCAGGACCUGCUGCUUGGACCCAGCGAGAGCAAUGACCGCCUGUCACAGGGGGCAUACGGGGGCCUCUCAGACCGCCCCUCGGCAUCCAUCUCCCCCAGCUCUGCCUCCAUUGCCGCCUCCCAUUUUGACUCGAUGGAACUGCUUCCCCCAGAGUUGCCCCCCCGCAUCCCCAUUGAAGAGGGACCCCCCGCAGGGACAGUUCAUCCCCUCUCAGCCCCCUACCCUCCCUUGGACACUCCGGAAACAGCCACAGGGUCCUUCCUGUUCCAGGGGGAGCCAGAGGGCGGUGAGGGGGACCAGCCCCUCUCAGGGUAUCCUUGGUUCCACGGGAUGCUCUCUCGGCUCAAGGCUGCACAGUUGGUGCUGACUGGCGGCACUGGCUCCCACGGUGUCUUCCUGGUGCGCCAGAGUGAGACAAGGCGGGGUGAAUACGUCCUCACCUUCAACUUCCAGGGCAAGGCCAAGCACCUGCGUUUGUCGCUGAAUGAGGAGGGUCAGUGCCGGGUCCAGCACCUGUGGUUCCAGUCCAUUUUCGAUAUGCUCGAGCACUUCCGGGUGCACCCCAUCCCUCUGGAGUCAGGAGGCUCCAGUGAUGUUGUCCUUGUCAGCUAUGUCCCAUCCUCCCAGCGACAGCAGGGUGAGCAGAGCAGGUCUGCAGGGGAGGAGGUGCCCGUGCACCCAAGAAGUGAGGCCGGGAGCAGGCUGGGAGCCAUGCGGGGGUGUGCGAGGGAGAUGGAUGCCACCCCGAUGCCUCCUGCACCCUCAUGCCCUUCGGAGCGAGUGACUGUGUAACCGAACACCUCCCAUGACCCACCCCAGCCCCCUGAACCCCCUUCAUGGACAGAUCCCCCACAGCCUGGGGCAGAAGAGGCGUCGAGGGCGCCAGAAGUGGCGGCAGCAGCAGCCGCAGCAGCCAAAGAGAGGCAAGAGAAAGAGAAAGCGGGCGGUGGAGGGGUCCCGGAAGAGCUGGUCCCCGUGGUUGAGCUGGUCCCCGUGGUUGAAUUGGAAGAGGCCAUAGCCCCAGGCUCAGAGGCCCAGGGCGCUGGCUCUGGUGGGGACGCGGGGGUGCCCCCAAUGGUGCAGCUGCAGCAGUCACCACUAGGGGGUGAUGGAGAGGAAGGGGGCCACCCCAGGGCCAUUAACAACCAGUACUCCUUCGUAUGAGCUGACCCCACCCACUCCACCCUUUUUAAGCCCCCCCAGCCCUGCUCGUGAGAUUGGGCUGAGGAGGGUCAGAGGAGGCCGAAAUCUCUCCCCCAUGCUUCCUGACCCUUGUCGGCCAAGGCCAUCUUCGAUGGUACAAGCAGAGGCUCAAGAGAGGCUCCCGUCACACACUACAGGUCCCCUCCCCAGGGCGGGGGAUUUGGGCUCUAUGAGCUCCUUGAGGGGCUCUUCUGGUCAGCCCCACCCUGGAGGCCAUUUCCCCAUUAACCACCCCCAGCCCGAGGCAGGGUGAGGGGGAAGGGCUGUCAGUUAUAUUAAGGUGGUUGUUGUUGUUGUUUUAAACAAAAUGGAGAAGCAUAAAUAAAUAAAAAGGUUUAUCUCGGUUCUAUCAUGA